CCUCUAGCUGACUACCACAGGACUUGUACUAUACUUCUUCUCAAGGCCAGGAUUCUUUGGAAAGAAGCCUUUUCCUGUUUUUGAAGACCUAUAAAAUCCUAAAUUGUUGACGAGGACAUUCCUGUUUUUUAAACUUUACUCCUAUAAUUUUGAGCGUCUUGUGUGAUUCUCAACCGGCUAUAAUCGAACUUUGGCUGCUGUUGUGUGUGACUACUGGAGCGGUUCAAAUUGGCUUGCUGUCCUGCAUCUGCUGCUAAAUUUUGGAUAAAUUUCUAUCCAAUAUUUGACACUGGUGGAGCUCAGGAGGGGGAGGAAGCUCACAGGAUGGUUUGACUUGGAAGAGAGACUGAUCUUCUCUUGUCUCUUGCAUCUUAUCCAUUGAAAAGAGAGAGGAGUCAUUGGUUCUCAGGAAGGAAAGAGAGACUGAUGUGGAGGAAAACCACAAGGUGUUGGAACUGAGGGUUUCAUAUUCCACAUACCGGCGGAAAACAUCUUUUUCUUUUUUUCUUUUUUUUUGCAAAGAGGGAGAAGAACCUUUUUCUAUUUUUGGGGAAAGAAUUUGUAAAGUGUUUGCUUCACCUCCGUGUUACAGCAUGGCUGGGAUGUAUGGAUGCUUCAAGGGCAGGAACAGUGACAGUGCUGCCAUGGCAUCAGGAGCUCCGGAUGUGAUGGCUAAUCAGGAGCCUGCUGAGGCCCAGGAAGAGUGCUCAGGAAAGAAAAAGUCCAAGUUCCAGACGUUUAAAAAAUUCUUCACCAGGAAGAAGAGGAAGGAGCCGUCAGCUGCUGGAGCCGACGUGGGGCUUAAAGCCAGCCAAUCGAGCGACAAUGUCAGCAAAACGUCAGAGAACAACACGCUCACUAGAUCGGAGAAGGAUAAGGGCUCCGGGUCAAAGAUCAGCCUGGGCAGCAAGGCCUUGUCACAUGACUCUGUCUUUGUUUCUGACUCAUCGGAGGCCAAUGAGGCUCUGGGGGCAUCUCAGGACAGCAUUCACGGGAAAGUGAAAUCACUACAGCUCCAGUUGAAGCAGGCCAUCAGACUGGGCUCUCCUCCAUCCCUGAUGUGUGUGAAGAAGACAGAUGAUGCCGGAACCAUGUCUGAGGAUGACGGUCUACCCUGCAGUCCGCCUGAAUACACCACACUACACACAGUCAUGAAUCAGGCUCAGAGGAACAGUUCGAUCAGUCUGGAGGGAAUAGACAGUGAUGACGACCAGCUGUCCUGUGCAGCCUCCAGUAGAGCAAUGAGCCCCCUGGUGGUUCCAGGGGACUUCAGUCAGCCGGCCAGUCCCUUCGCCUGUCUGGACAACUCUGCUGCCAAACACAAGCUGGGCCUGAGACACAAAGCCUGCAACAGGAGGAAACCUGCCAGUAGGCUGGAGAUGAAAACGGAGGGAGACUCUGUGGUGGACGAGAUGCUGAACAGCUCCAUAACAGAAGCUUUGGAGGAGCAAGAACAAGAGAUGACAGAAGAAGAAGAAGAAGAAGAGGAGGAGGAGGAGGAGGAGGAGGAGGAUGAAGAUGAGCAGGAGGAGGAAGAGGAGAAAGAGCAACCACAGCAUUCCAGACAAUCCCUGUUGAGAGAUAAGGAGGAGAGGGAGGAGGGAGAGGAUGAGCCGGAAGCUGAACAGGAUGUUUCUCACAGCCCGGACACUUCCUCUCCUCCUGAGCCGAGUCUCUCAGAGGAGGAAGCCCCCGAGGCCCAGCCCCUGCCCUCCUCCAAGCCCAGCUCCAGAGCCUCCUCUCUGGACAGUCCCAGAGUCACACCAGAGCCCCCUGCUGGUCCAAGAGAGUAUCUACUCAACCUUCCGAGUAUUUCCUACGGAGCAGAGGAGAACAGAGGUGGAAGUGAGUUGGCACUGAGAGCAGAAGAAGAUGGAGUCCAGGAAAACAGGGAGGAGGAGAGCUCCUUCUUACAGGAGGUACUGAGUUCCCUGAAAACUCCUCUCGCAUCUUCCUCGCUGGGCGUCGCCACUGAGGGCGUCGUCCUGGAGAUGAAGGAGGUGACAAAGGAAAAGGAAGAAGAAGAAGUAGAGAUAGAAGAUGGGGAGGAGGUGAAGGAAGAGGACGCAGAGGUGGAUGAGCAUGUCGGAUAUCAGACUGCUCCGUCGGCCCCUCUGGUGGGUCACACCACCGAGGAAGAGGAGGAGGAUUCCACUCCUUCCUGUCAAGAAGAAGAGGCAAAAAGUGAAGAUGAAGAAGCAGAAGAAGAAGAAGAACUAGUUGUGGAACGAUUCGGUCCACUUAGUCAGGACGAAGAAGAAGAAGAACAAGUAGAAGCAGAGGAAGAGGAGGUGGAGGAAGUCAAACCUGAGGAGAUAUAUGAUAUACUUACAAGAAAAACUGACAUCCAGGAACAUGAGGAAAGACAGGAGAAAGAGAGCGAGGAGGCGAUUGAGCUGGAGAAGGAGCCAGAGGUGGAGGAGGAGGGAUGGGAGAAGAUAGAAGAGGACGAGGAGGAGGUGAAGGCCAAGGAAGUAAGCAUGAGGCUGGAGGAGGCAGAGGAGGUAACUGAGGAAGAAAGGGAGGACGCAGAGGAGGCGACGGAGACCUUCUAUGAUGCAGCAGUUGAAGAAGUUGGAAAUGCCAUGUCAUUGCAGGAGGCAGAUGAAGGUGCAGACGACACUGUGUACGCCGCGAAACACACAAGUGAUGAUGAAACCCCGACAGAACCGGCGGAUCAAGUGCUCGCCAAAGUGCUGGAGGGGCAAGAAAACCGCGAGACAGCAGAGGAACGUGUAGAGAUCGACCACUCAGAAGAAAGAUCAGAAGAAGAAGAAACAAACCAACCUGAUGUGGAUGAAACUGAACAAGAAAAUGUAGAAAACUCCUAUUUAGACACCAAACAAGUGGAAAAAGAUCAAACUGAAGCCACAGAACAAGCUACUGUUUCCUCCAAGCUGCCUUCUUUGUCUCUUCCAGAGUCACACCAUGACACCCAGUCUCCAGACAGUGGCACCGUCUCUCCCAGUAAGACCAGCACCACCACUAUCCACAUAAAUCUAGUCUCUCCCAGCUUCGAGAAAGUCACACCUUUCUUCCCACAGUCCCCAACCGCUGGACAUCUGGGAGAACAUGUCACCGGGUCACCUUCUCACGAACAGCAUGCAGCAUCCAGAGAUGAAGAACGAGCUGACGCCGUGGAGGAAGUAGAAGAAGAGAGACAGUCCGCCCUGGAAGAACAAGCCACACCUCCUGCCUCAGUGGAGGAAACAGUCAACCAGCCGUCCAGUAGUUCAGAUCAGAUUAAAGCCCGCUUCACCGUCGCCCCCGCCUGGCAGAGAUCACAAAGUCUGACUCCUCCCUCCUCUCCACCCGCCUGCGUCUCCUCUGCGUCAUCUGCCUUCACAGCGCAUGGAGGUGAGGAGGUGGAGGCUACAACCAAGAAGGAUCCAGCUGUGAAAGCAGAGCCAGCGAGUUCAGCUAAGGUUGAGCUGGUGUUGAGUCCUGGUAGAGCGAGGAACGCUGAGAGCGCCGCCGCCAAACCGCAGAGCAAUGCAUCUCCAUCCUCCGUUAAACCUCAGACCUCAGCUGCUGCGAGCACAGAAGAGAGCUCAGUCGUGGGGGAGGGAAACCCCGACAAUCCGUUCGGAGUCCGGCUGAGGAAGACGUCGGCUCUGCAACGCUUCAGCUCGGAGGAGGAAAACGCAGAGUCUCCCAUCGAGUCUCCAAUUCAGCCAACCAGCUGUAAACCUGAGCCGCCGCAGCCAAUCAGCGUGAAGCCCUCUGUAAGUCAGCCAAUCAGUAACAAGCCUGCCCUCCCCAAGAAGCCAGAUGUACAUGGAGACAGUGGAGGAAAACCCAAGCGUAUCUCAGACCCAGCUGCAGCUCGUGGUGUUUCUGGUGGACCCGAUUCUCCCAGCUGGAUCUCUGUGGCCAAACAGAAACAGAAGAUCUAUAAGGAAAACUCGCAGGAUGAGAUCACAGUCAAGAAGGAGGAACAAGAGAGGAAGCCUUCACUGCCCAUGUACGUCAGCUCGGCUGCGAGCAGGGAGCAGAGCAGCAAGACAGCUGAAUCCAACAGCAAAGUGAGUACGUUGGAGAUCAAUAAGCCUUCAGCGUCUGUAGAGAAGGAGGCGAGGAGAGCUCUCUCUCCUCCAACUCCAGUGCCACCUCAGCCUUCAAAAGCCCCGUCGCUGCCCUGUCCAGUCCCUCCGAAACCCCAGGUUCCCCCGGCCAGCACAAAACCUCCACCCCAACUCAACCCAGACCACAAAUCCCUGUCACCCCCUACGCCGGUUCCUGUUCCCCAAAAAUCUCCCUCCUGCACAAGCCCUCCGUCUCUCUCCAAAACGGCCUCCUCCGCACCUUCCUCCAAGACGCCCCAGCCCCAGAGUACGACGGCCUCCCCCACUUCUUUUUCAUCGAGAACCGCUCCGGAAAAGCCUGGUUCGAGAGCUCCGGGUCUUUCUGGUCAGAGCCCGUCCUCCCAGCGAGGCCCGCCUCCCCCUGCUUUGCCCCAGGAUGAGCCUCCAUGGAUGGCGCUGGCCAAGAAGAAGGCCAAAGCCUGGAGCGAGAUGCCCCAGAUCGUACAGUGACGGGCCAGGUUUAAGUAAGUUUGUGUACAGGGGCCUGAGCAGGCUCAAAAGAGGACUGAAGAGGGUCACAUCUGAAAGGGGGUUGAAGUGGGUCUGGAUGCGCCAGAAUGCAUUUGCACACAAAGAGUUGUUGUUGUUGUCUGUUGUUUUCUUAUUGUCCUGGCUUCAGGCUUCAGAUUGGUAAAAACUCUCCAAUCACGCAGCUAAAGACAGGCUCUGUUUAACCCCCGUCUCUCUUCACGUCCUUCUGUUGUACAGUCGUGUUUUCUAAAUGACAGGGUAGGACCCCCUAAAGUUAACGCGUCUCACUUAAAGUGGAUCCAGAUUUUUCUUGUUUUUCAACAGUCUUAGUAUGCUAUAAGGUGCCUGAAUGAGAGAAAAUAUAACAGUAAAUAUUAUUUUUGAUUCCAGCUGAUAUCACAUAACAUUUCAGGGAAGGAAGAAGGACACUUUAUUUUAUACAGAGGAAACUUUAUUCACAGAAGAACGAGACAAAUUAAAUCUUGGGGUUAGCAAUUCAUUUUAGUCUGUCUGAAGAUCGAGUGGACAGGGUGCUGUUUUUCUGUCAGUCUCAGUGUGUGUGUGUGUGUGUGCGCGUGUGUGUGUGUGUGUGUGUGUGUGUGUGUGUGUGUUUAUUUUAAGGCAGUGAUACAUGCCCACAUUUUGAGGAAUGCUGAAAAUCGUCAUGUCCAGAGAGUAAAAAACGGGACAACAUUCAAGUUAAGCUGGAGGAAAAAAUGUGCUGAACUAACUGCUGCUGGUCAUGAGUUCUGGUCACGGCUCCUCUGUGUAUCAGGUUCUGUAGACAAAUAUAUUUCCUAUAACGUGAUCCACAGAUACUAAACUAACCAUGUUUGUUGUGUUAGCGAGUGCCGAGUGUCUCCAACAUGUUUCAGGUUUUCAGUGUAAAUUAUAUUUUUAAUUUUCUCUUUUGAUAUUUUGAAUACGUAACUCCAGAUCAUCUGUCAGCGUCCUACAGAAAUCUAAGAGCUCCAAAAAGUCAGCUGUUCAGGAAUUUAAACAAAACUAUCAUUACACUGACCGUCGUGUCUUUUUAAUAUUUUUUUACUGCAUCAUCAUGUUGGCAGCGUGUUGUGGGUUAUUAAAUGUUUUCCAAUUACAACCAAGCGUGUAAAUAAAUCAAUAGACAUAAUUAACUACUUGGAGAUUGUUUGUUUGUUGCAGGAUGAAAGUUUCCUUCGUAUCGAUUAAUUAUCUAUCACACAGUAACUAUAUAUGUUUUAUGCAUUUUGUUUUAUUUUGUAUUGCCUUUUGA